AUGGCACACCGAGAUCGGCGUCUUUGCUCGGAGUGGGUGAUAUCCAACUUCUCUGAUGUCAACGUUGCCAAGGACCGCGGCUGGUUCGUCGAGUACUGGCCAUAUAGCUCGUUCAUACACUGCGGCCGCAGGAAGGAAUACGUCCUCCACUGCCCCGACUCGCUCUGCAACGUCAUUGGCGGCAGUAUCUACGGCGGCAUGCGCUCUCACGAUGGCAGCACCUCGGGAGUUCUCCUGGGCCGCGACGAGCGCGCCAUGGCCUGCUACACGACGAAGCUGCACAUUAAACACUGGUGGACCGUUGUGCUCCGUAACUCUCCCGACGGCUACUUUUUUGGCUCUUCGGCGUUUUGCAGCACGGACGUCUCAGUCGACACGUCCUGGCCCCCUGACGAGCGAGAGAAAUUUGAGCUGUCUCUAGAGCCGCGAGACCGAGAGAAUAUUCUGGCAUAUCUAGGGGUAGAGAGGGUGGAAGAAGAAACGGUAACUCUGUCGAACGACGCCACGAUUAGAGAGUCUGGCGAUCACACCGGUUGCGAAAAACAGAACGACGGGCAGAAACAGGCACAGGACGAAGGCGAAGACGAGAAGAUGGGGAACAUUUCUGCCCAGCCGGACUCGGCACCGAGUCACCCCGUGGAGAGCCGGCCGCCUAGUCACAGCAGCGGCAGCAGCUACACCAUAGAUACCGAUUACGAACCUUCGGAAUGUAGUCAUUCUUCCUCCUACUCGGGCAGCAGCGGCGCCAUCGAUAUAAGCGGCAGCAGUCGCCUGGCCUACACUGAAGCGGAGAAGGCCAUGAUACAGAAAAUGUUUAGCAGCGAGUUCAUAUUCCAUGAGUUGUUCAAUUUGAACGCUUAUGGACAUGGUCCAGACGGCUUAGACGCCCGCGUCAGAGAAGGCCGCGAGCUCCUGCGCGCGAUACAAAAGGCCAAGAGCGACAACUGCGACAUCUCAGACGACGAGAUAAACAAGAGCCGGCUGCAGCACGUCGCCGACAGCGCCUUCGCCGCAGACGAGAGGGAAGGGAUCCAACUAAACUACAGGUGCAGCUUUCGGUUCAUGUUGAUCCACGGGCUCAUGUUCUACGACGAUGAGGACGUGCAGGAAGCCCGAGCUCCAGUGCGGGACCAGAUGCGAGGCUCAAGUGUUGGUCGAAAAUAAAUAACGUGUCGGUCCGGAAUGAUAGGCACUUAACGAAGAGAGAAAUUCCGGUAAGCCCGCACUCCGCCAGAUGAUGUGGCAUCAGCGACGUUGGGCAAGCUGCAGCUCCAUGGCCUUGAGCAGUUCGCCGACAACCUAAGCGUGCGAGGAAGAUGAUUCAUGUCAGCCCAUCGAAGGGUGCCAUUGUUCAACCAAACCAAAGGAGAACAAAAAAAGGGCAAGCAAUCAUGAAGACACGUACCCAACCCGUAUAGUGGUCAACAUUGUCAUUCAGGUCGGCCAG